AUGCAGCCUCUUGGACGUGGUCGCCGCGGCAGCAAGGUCGCCGCGGCCGUAGCGCGCUUGCAACAGCAAGCCCGGGCGUUCGAGGACGACGAGCAGCAAUUUGGUGGUCAUCCUCCGUUGUACGACGGCGCGGACCGCAUCCACCCGGCGGAGCCCUGGUCGCCGGAGCGCGCGCGCGAAUUUGACCGCCGCCCGGCGGGCGCGCGCGUCGCGCCCGCGCCGCCGCCGGUCGAGACGCCGCGCAACGGGGUGCCGCCCGAGUACACGCUGCGCAAGGCGCCGCAGACGCCGCCCGACUCGCCGCGGCUCACGUCGCCGACGAGUAAACGGCGCGCGUUCUCCGCAUUGGUCGCGGGCGUCUCCAUCGCGCUCGCGGGCGGCGCGAUGUACACGGCGACGACGGCAGGCAAAAAAGGCAACCAACCGGCCGUCGCGCCGACCACAGCACCCCCAACGACGACGACGGCGCCGCCCACGAUCACGAUGCUCCCGACACCGACGCCGACGCUCAAGCCGACGAUGGCGCGCUGGUUAAGGGGCGUCGUCUGCGACGCGGCUGGCGUAGCAAUCCCGAACGCCACCGUAGAGUUGCACUACGGCUACUUUUCGUUUGAAGGGAUGCUCUUCGAAGCAACAACCGAUGAAGAGGGCCUCUUCGAGUUCGAGGAGGUUCUUACGGGCGUGUACUACACGCUCGUCGCGCGACUCGACGAUAGAGAAAACUUCCGCGUGACGAAGACGCCCGUCGUCGCGGACGUCGUGAUUCCUUUGCCUCCCGCCAAGAAGGAGGGCCUCGUGGCUCUGCUGAGCUGGGGCGUCGCCGGCGACGACGGCCGCGUGCCGUCGUCGUUGACUCUGGCCGCGGUCGUCGGUGAUUGUGCCGGGAGCUGCCCCGACGUCACGGUGGAAUCCUCAAAAGCGGCGCAAUACUCGUCGGCGCUCGACGCCGCGUCGUUGCUGCAGCGGCACGGCUUCGCUUCGUUGCGCAUCGAGGGCGCCGGCGACGUGACGCUCGCCGUGGAGAUGGCUCCCGACUCAUACGGUAGACUGGAGGCGACGGCGACGUUGAUCGUGGACGUCUUCGUCGACGGCGCGAAUACGCACCAGUUCUGGCGCCCGCCGAACUGCGUCGCGGCGACUGUAGCGAGUGGGAGAAACUGUUCGGCCUACGCGAACGCUUCAUUCGUCGAGACCGCCGCGGCCUACGCGUGGCAGGGCGCCGCGAAUCGCGCGCGGAGCAAGCUCCUGCGCGUCGCGUGCGGUUCUCUUUCUACGGUUGCCAUCGACGGCGGCGCCCCGCACUCACUAUCUUCGUUAAACGCGGCGCAGCUGUACCUCGAGCGGCCCGCGGCGUUGACCGACAUUCACGUCGCCUCCUGCGCGGCGUCACCGGACUACGCGUACCGGUACCCGGCCUGGCCCGCGACGCUGUCGGCGGACCUCGAGCGCCGCCAGCUCGACCGCCUCUGGCGCGGCAUGAGCCGCGGCGUUUACCUGUCGGACGGCGGCGAGGCGUUUUCUACGUGGCGCGAGCGGCACGCUUGGGGCGACGACGACGAGUGAGUCCCCCCUGUUGUAGGUUGUUGUUCUCUGGUUUUUCUUCGUUACAGAAGUACAGAACAUUAGUCCACACAGCCUUGCCCAUCCUGUUCC